AGGCAGAUGCUGGUGGAUCACGGCAUUGAUAUCUCCAAGUUCGGCAAGGGACAGGCGAAGACCCUUGACGAGUUGUACAGAAAUGUUGCUAUCGAAAAGAAGUCCUACUUUGUGGACAGCAACAACACCCUCGAGAGACGGAUGGAGUUGGUGAACAUUUGCCUCACUGUCACCAGUCUUGAGGGGAAAGAGAUGGAACUGAGACUCAACUGCGAAGUGCUGAAGGACGGCACGUUGGUCAGGAGAAAUCAGAAGCCCUCCUCCUUUAUUGAGGAGGGCUGUGGAUGGCCAUUUGCCGUCGAUGCUUUCUUCGACCGACGGCUGAAGUUGCCGACAGAGAUUCGCAAAGAGUUGCUCGCUCAAAAAAACACGGUCACGGACAAGGUGGAACGCAUCAAAUCCAUGUUCUUCCCUGGAGUUGAAACAAUGUAUACUACAUAUGAGGUGAACAUCCACAUCCCUGAUCCAAAGCGAUCAGAAUUACAGGUGAUUGGUUUGCCCGAGAUGAGCGGCUUCGACACUGAAGCAAUCCCAUCAGCCAAUCUUCCGCAUGCUACCUGGUCCUGGCGUCAAACCGGAGAGGAGUUGAGUAACGAAGAGGCCCUCGAGCGACUGCUACAGGAGCAAGGCAUUGACACCAAUGACUAUCCACCGGGAGCCAUCUCCGAGUUGUGUGAUGAGUUGUACGAGUCUCGCUAUGCCACCUUGUCACUUCGAACUGGGCAUUUGGUUCGCAACAUUCAGAUCAUCAAGGUGUGGCUGUGCGCCACCAUUCUCAGCGUGGACUAUGUCUUGCGGUCGAAGGGCAAGAUGCAAUUCGGCAAGCGGGAAAGGAACCACAAAGAAGGUCCAGUCACCAUGCGGAUGCGUUCCGAUCAGGAUUGGAAGACUGCGGCCUUUUCGUGCCUCUAUGGCAAGCUUGGAAUGGAUGAGGCCCUGGUGAAAUCCCAUUUGGUGAUCGUGGAUUCAUCGUACCGCUUGGAUGAAGAGGUGGAGUAUUCGCGGUCAUAUCCCGGGCUCAAAACGGUCUACAACAUCCACACGGUGAAGUGCCGAGUGAAGGAUGUGGACCAUCCAGAGAUGUCCUUCAUUGGCCUGCCGGAAGGCAACGACUUCGCGGUCACCCGGGUCCGUCAAAACUUCCGUCCCAGCAAGGCGAGCGCGGCGAGCGAGGGUGUCACCUCCACACUGUGGUUCUGGAAGCCAAGGAGUCAGCUCACUGAAACGGGCGACUUGCUCUACUUCCAGAAGAGCUUCACAGAUCGGGAGUCCAACGACAUCGAGGAGUUUGCGCCUGUGCCAAAGCGACAGCUGGAACCGCCAACUGUUCUCCAGAUGGAGGAACAGGAUGAGGAGAACAUCUUAUCCUCGCUGGUGGUGGAGGAGUUGAUGAAGGGAAGGACCACCAAUUGGCCUCGAGCGAAACGCGCUGCCAAGAGGAUUUUAGAUCCAACCUACAACCUCAAGUGCUUCCACGAUGAUUGCGUCGCGGCCUUCCCUGAGCUGCUACUCUACACGGUAGACGAUGGCAGUUUGGCCAGUAGCGGUCGAAGUAUGAUGGAUGAAUACCAGCGCACG